CUCCAGUACCACCAGUCGGUACUCGAGUCCGUCAGUCAGCAGCGUGAAGACACAAACAUCUCGUAAUAAGCAAGAAGUUCACAAGAGGAAGAAAGGGGAAAAGAGAAAUGAGCUACCAGAAAGUCCCUCCCGAGGAACCCUACCCUCCUCCAGGGUAUCCUCGGCCACCACCACCAGAUGUGUACCCUCCUCCCCCUUGGGGCCAUGGACAUCCACCACCUCCGCCACCGCCGCAGGGGCCUUAUUACCCCCCACCUCAGCACCCUCCACCGGGGUACCAGGGCUACUUCAACGACCCGCCGCCGCAUGGAGAGUAUCAGCAGCAGCACCACCACAACCAUGGAAACCAGGGUAGCUCUAGCUCUUCUGGGUUCCUCAAAGGAUGUUUGGCCGCUCUCGCUGCUGCUGCGUGCUGGAGGAAUGCUGCGGCUGCUUCUGAGAUGCUAGAUAUCCGCUAAUUGGGUCCUACGCUAUUGUUGCUAGCGUUUGGAGCAUCCGAGUAUUAAGAUAUAGUAACUGUGCUUGUAAAGAAUCUGGAGCAGCAGUGUGUUCUUGAGCUUCCAGUCCAGCAUUCUAUUUUCAGACAGAUCACAUAUAACUUGUAGUAUGUGUUAUGCCUUAUUAUCCGAAAAUAAAGGAUGCUAUUCAUGGGAUUGUAAAUAAGGUAUUUGCAUAGCUCGACCAGAGAACACCUGUCAUAUACCCCUGGUCAGUGGACAGUGGUCACUGUGUUAAGUGUAAGUUUACAAUCUGUUUACUGACAUGAACAAAACAAGGGAGUCCGUAAGCAUCACGGUUUUCGUGGUGUAGUUGGUUA